AUGGUAGAAUCGGCUGACAAUAAGCAAAAAACAGAGCUCCAGCCGUCGUUUGAUUUGAAAAGCGACCUAUUUUCAGACAUUUCGGACGAGGAACUUUUGAAAGCAACUCAGCUCAUCGAACAAAAUGAGCCAGCAAGGUUUUCAGUGCCACUUAAACAAAGUGAUUUAGACAACCUUGUCAAAAGUGGAUUGUCUAGUAAGACAGAAAAGAAAUCAAAAUGGGCAGUUAACAUGUUUGACUUAUGGCAGAAGAACAGAAAUAAAAACACAGACUCUUUUGUGCCAAACAACAAUCUAAUAAAUAUGAGUAGCGAAGUGCUGAACGAAACACUGGGGUACUUCAUAGCAGAAGUGAGGACAAUAUCUGGAAAAGAAUAUAAGCCCAACACAUUAUAUGAGAUUAUAAUUGCGAUACAAAACCAUCUUCGACAGCAAGGUAGACUUAUCAACUUUCUAGAUGAUGCCGCUUUUGAUGGACUAAGGCGUAUUCUUGAUGCAAAAAUGAAGCAGCUAUCCAAACAAGGGCUUGGUAUGCAACGAAGAAGCGCUGCUAUUAUAAGUGAAGAACAGGAGAAUGAACUGUGGAACAAACGCAUUCUUGAAACAGAAACGCCACAAAUGCUUCUUGAUACGUUACUUUACACGCUCGGCUUGCAUUUUGCUUAAAGAGCAGGCCAUUAACAUCGUGCACUUAGAGUUGGUGA